AUGGCAAUUUUAACUAUUCGUUUAAUCAGAUCUUUUACAUAUCGAGUUAUUAAGUAUUUAGUUUUAUGCGAAAUUAAUCUUGAAAAAACAACAGUAAAAGACCUUCAGACACUUAUUUUUAAUGAAAUUUAUAAAAACCCGGAAUAUAAAGCUUAUCAACUACCCAAAUUUGAUACACUUAAAAUAUAUGUUCAUUCACAAAGUGCCAAGACAUCAAAUAGAAUUAUUAAUUUGGACCAUGAUGAAUGGAUACUAGAUCCAUGUAUGACACUUGAACGUUGCGGUAGAAUGAAACAGAAUUAUCUUUCUUUAAUCGAUCAGAAUAUGAACAGUUUAAAGCAAAUCCCCAAGAAAAGUGGUGAUUAA